AUGGACGUGUUCUUACUGAUAUUCGUCGUGGCAAUCAUCGGUAUCGCCGUCGCUGUGAAUAUCCACGUUCUGUUCUACUACGAAGAAGAGUUGGACCGAAGAGCCACAAAAAACAUUAUCCUAAUUCUCAAAGCCAUCAUCGUCACCAGCCUCACGUUGACAUGGGUUGUGACCCUCUUGUUGCCAGUCGACGUGCGGAACUCGCGGCCCGUGCCUGGACCGUUGGACAUGCAGGCGUUGUGGAAGGCUGCGUUCAUAACCUUGGCCGUGUUCUUGGCCAUCAUCGUGCCGAGCGCCAUGUUGUACAGCGAAGUCGAGGGUGACGACCUCGUAAAGAACAAGCGAAGGUACGUUGCUUGUUACUUGUUGGCCGUCUUGUUUGUCUGCGGUGCCCUUGUCGCCAUAACCUAUCCAUUUCUCGCCAGUGCGGAUAUUCCGGUGACGCAGUAUGCAUGUGGCUCCUGGCAGGAUAUCGAUGCUGUCGACGGCGUCAUCUGCGACAGCGCCGUAUCCUCUUCCAUGAGACUCAGCGUCGGAAUUGACGUGUACAUCAUCGCAGUGCUCUGCUUCAUAGGCUGGUUCUUCUUCGUGGUUUUCGGCGGCAUCGGUCUGAGCGCGGUCCCCAUCGACUUGAUCCUCGAGUUCAUCGACCGGCCGACCGCUAUAGACGAGAAGUCGUACUUGGAACGCAGGAGGAUCCUGGGGCAGGCGGCGCAGAAGCUGCUGGAGCACGCGAGCGGCCUCCAGGAGCGCGACGGCAAGGUCGCCUACAAGACGGGCUGGCGCGGCGCGCGCCAGAAGAGGACCGUCAAGGUCGACUACAACAAGUGGCGGCGUGACGUGAACCUCCUUGAGGACGAGUUCGAGCGGCUGAAGAUGUCAAAGUUCCACAAGGGCGAGAAUCCCGUGGUUUCCUGCGGCAAGCUCGCCGGCGGCAUAUUGUUGGCAAUCGUAUCGUUGCUGUGGAUUUUGCAGAUUCUGAUAAGCGUUAUUAGCAGGCAGAUCGAUCCGAACGCAGCAAUCCCGUUCUUGGACUGGAUUUUCAUUGCUUGCGAAAGUGCAGGUGCAUACCCUCUGGGAGUCGCAUUAUUUGCGGCGUUUACCCUCUACUUAUGUCUCUGCGUAGUGAAGGGAUGCUUCAAAUUCGGGAUGCGGAUAGCCUUCCUCUUCACGAUACAUCCGAUGCGGCACAAGGCCACACCACUAAACAGCAUGCUCUUCAACGUGGAGAUGCUCCUCAUAUCCACAGCUGCUGUCGUGCAGUUCGCUCAGACAGCGUUCGGCGACUAUGCACGUCUGACUGAUGCAGAUGUCAUCUUUUCCGCGCAGAUAAAACAUAUGACAUUCUAUCGGUGGUUCUUCGAGAACAACGUGUUCAUCUAUACGCUGCUGGCUUGGUUCGUACUCUGCCUCCUGUACCUCCUGUGUAAGCCGCGCGACAGUGCAAACGUCCAGCUGACCAACAAGAAAUCAGACAAAUGGUUGGCUAAACUGGUCGGGAAGCCUGCCGAUCCUCCUGCUGACAGCACGUGCACGAAAGCCUGA